AUGGCACAAGAAAUGGGAAUGUUUCGAAGGCCCCCAGAGUUGGAUUUUUCAACAAAGGUAUCGUUCAAAUGGGAUUUAUGGAAACAACAAUUUGAACUUUUUCUAAUGGCAAUUUCGAAAGAGGACGAGACAGAAAAAAGGAAAAUAGCGAUCUUUCUCAACGUAGUAGGGGAAGAAGGAGUAAAAAUUUACAAUUCCUAUAAAUUAGGUGAGCAAGCAGACUUAACUCUCGCAAUUGUUUUAAAUAAGUUCGGAGACCAUUGCAAACCGAGAAGAAAUGUGAUCUACGAGAGGUACUGUUUCCUGAAAAUAAGACAAAAGGAAGGGCAGAGCUUUGAUGCCUACGUAACUGAAUUAAAAAAUGCAGCGAUGAAAUGUGAGUAUGGAAACCAACAAGACUCCAUAAUUAGAGAUCAAAUUAUAUUCAACGUAAGAGAAACACGUCUACAGGAACAACUAAUUAACGAAAAAGAUAUUACGUUAGAGAAAACACUAGAAAAGUGCAGAAGUGCCGAAAUAAGUAAAUUCCAAAUCAACGAGUUUUCCAAGGGAAAUCAGUAUCCUAUGGCAAAUGUGUCAGCGAUCAACAAGAAAAAACAACCAAUGAAGCAGAUGAAAACUGGGAAACCAACUACGAAAAUAAUUAAUAACUGUAGAAAUUGUGGACAAGUCAGUCACCCAGUAAAUCAAUGUCCAGCGUUCAAUCAAAAAUGUAGGAAAUGUAAGAAACCGAACCACUUCGCCAAAGUAUGCAGAAGUAAAACCAACAGCAACUAUAGCGUCCAUGAGGUGGAGAAUGAGGAGGUUAAUAUGAGUAGUUUGCAAAUUCUAAAUAUUAAUAUUGAUGGAAUCACUGCGGAAGGAAACACUUGGUACGAAGAAGUGGAAAUUCAAGGUCAAAAAUUAAAUUGCAAAAUUGACACUGGUGCUCAAGUAUCACCUACAAAUGUCACACUAGUAGCGUAUGGAAAUAAAAACUUCAAAAUUACUCCAGUUGGACAAGUGACACUGAAACUGAAAGUUGGAAAUCAAAUAGCAGAAGUUAAUUUCGUCGUCGUUAACCCUAGUUCUGGUGCUAUUCUUGGGUUACAAGAUUGUCUAAAAUUGCAAUUAAUUUCCAGAUCAACCAAAGUAAAUGAGCCACAGAAGUACAUUCACGAGUUAACAAUGGAAAUGGUUACUGAAAAAUACAAAUCAAUCUUCAAUGGCAUUGGAAAAAUUCCAGGAACACAUCACAUCACUGUAAGCUCAGAAGUCAAGCCAGUAAUUAAUCCACCAAGACUGGUCCCUUUAAGUCUACAUACAAGAUUGAAAACAACUUUGGAAAAAUUCAGCAAAGAAGGAAUCGUCAGCAAAGUCAGCAAACCAACGAAAUGGGUGAAUAAUUUGGUAAUCAUCGAGAAACCAAAUGGUGAACUACGCCUGUGCCUUGAUCCAAAAGAUCUGAACACUGCAAUUCAGAGGGAAAUAUAUCAAAUUCAAACACCGGAAACCAUCAUUGCACAACUAAGCAACAAAGAAUAUUUUUCCGUCUUCGACAUGUGUCAAGGGUUUUGGCAAAUUGUUCUGGAUGAAGAAAGCUCCGAGUUAUGUACGUUCAAUACACCUUUUGGUCGAUAUAAAUUCAAUCGUCUUCCAUUUGGUCUAAAAUCCAGUCCAGAGGUAUUCCAAAAGAAAAAUGAAGAAAUGUUUGGAGAUAUCCCAGGAGCACACGUGUACUUUGAUGACAUUAUAAUCUCAGAGCAGCUCAAAACAAUGUUAAAUUAA